GGAAGUCGUUCGAUCGAACAUAUUCCGAACGAUUGGUACAACUCUAACAUUUACGUGCCGUCGCUUAUUAAUAGUGGAGAAAAAUUUAUAAAAAUAUUUAAAAUUAAGUGUAUAAGUGUCACACAAAUACACGUGCAUUUGCGGGCAAUUGCACGGUGUGAUUACAAUCCUAUUGCUGUAUAAAACCACAAAGAAGGCCAGCAUAUAGCGCAAAAGUCAAAUGAAAAGUAUAAAGAAUGACUUGUCAAAGAGAAUAACACGAAUUUGUUGGAGGCAGUAACGCGCGGCGUGGUGAAUAUAUAUAAAGCGCGAACGAGAAAGCAAUGAAAAUUGUAAGUGGGUAAAAACGAGAAAGCGCUAAAGUCACCACCCUGAGAAGAGAGUUGUUGUAGGGACAACCUCUAACCAAAUUUGUAAUUUUCUUGCAACGCUAAAUAAUGCCCAAUUAUCAAUUAAUGCCAGCAUACAAGUGCUAAGUUAAUUCACGUAUUGGUUGAAUUAAGUUAUUGCGAAACGAUAAAUCUGUGUGCUUGUGUGUGUGUGUGCGUGCACCAAACAACAGCAGCCAAAACAGCUACAGAAAUUCAACAAACACAGCAGUAAAAGAAACAACAACACAAUGAUAAAAAUGGAGACUGACAAAAUAAUGGACGAGACUAACUCCAAUGCCCAAGCAUUCACAACCACAAUGCUGUACGAUCCGGUGCGCAAGAAAGACGCAUCGCCCACAUAUCAGACGGAGCGGGAUGUCUGCUUUCAGUACUUUACACAGUGGAGCGAGGCCGGACAGGUCGACUUUGUGGAGCAGCUGCUAUCGCGCAUGUGCCACUAUCAGCACGGACAGAUCAAUGCGUUUCUCAAGCCGAUGCUGCAGCGCGACUUCAUCACACUGCUGCCAAAAAAAGGUCUGGAUCAUAUUGCCGAGAACAUAUUAUCGUAUCUGGAUGCCGAAUCGCUUAAGUCCGCCGAGUUGGUGUGCAAGGAAUGGCUGCGAGUCAUAUCCGAGGGCAUGCUGUGGAAAAAGCUCAUUGAGCGCAAAGUGCGCACCGAUUCGCUGUGGCGCGGCCUGGCCGAGCGCCGCAAUUGGAUGCAGCAUCUGUUUAAACCAAGACCGGGACAAAUACAGCGACCGCACUCAUUCCAUCGCGAGCUGUUUCCCAAGAUCAUGAAUGAUAUUGACAGUAUAGAGAACAACUGGCGAACCGGACGUCAUAUGUUGCGUCGCAUCAAUUGUCGCUCGGAGAACUCGAAGGGCGUAUAUUGUCUACAGUACGAUGACGGCAAGAUUGUGUCCGGCUUAAGGGAUAACACCAUUAAGAUAUGGGAUCGCACGGAUCUGCAGUGUGUCAAGACACUGAUGGGACACACUGGAUCAGUUCUGUGCCUGCAGUAUGACGAUAAGGUGAUUAUCAGUGGCUCCAGCGAUUCCACGGUGCGUGUGUGGGAUGUCAACACUGGCGAAAUGGUCAACACGCUUAUACAUCAUUGCGAGGCGGUGCUACAUUUGCGUUUCAACAAUGGGAUGAUGGUGACCUGCUCGAAGGAUCGCUCCAUUGCGGUCUGGGACAUGACCUCGCCCAGCGAGAUCACGUUGCGUCGCGUCCUAGUCGGCCAUCGUGCGGCAGUCAAUGUGGUCGAUUUUGAUGAGAAGUAUAUUGUAUCCGCCAGCGGUGAUCGCACUAUCAAAGUGUGGUCCACGUCGAGCUGUGAAUUUGUGCGUACCCUGAAUGGCCACAAACGUGGCAUCGCUUGCCUGCAGUAUAGGGAUCGUCUAGUGGUUAGCGGAAGCUCCGACAACUCAAUCAGGUUGUGGGACAUUGAGUGUGGCGCCUGCCUACGCGUGCUGGAGGGUCAUGAAGAGCUGGUGCGCUGCAUCCGCUUCGAUACGAAGCGCAUUGUCAGUGGCGCCUAUGAUGGUAAAAUUAAGGUAUGGGAUUUGGUUGCAGCGCUGGAUCCACGUGCCGCCUCCAAUACACUGUGCCUCAAUACGCUCGUGGAGCACACUGGUCGCGUUUUUCGCCUUCAGUUCGAUGAGUUUCAAAUUGUGAGCAGCUCGCACGAUGAUACUAUUUUGAUAUGGGACUUUCUAAAUUUCACACCCAAUGAGAAUAAGACCGGCCGAACACCAUCACCGGCCCUUAUGGAACAUUAACAUUUUGUUCAACGGCAAUUACGGGAGCUUCAGCUGUAUGCCUCAAGUGAUGAGGAGGGACAAGAGGGCAACGAUGACGACGGCGAUGAUGAUGAUGAAUAUAAUUAUGAGCUGGAGGAUAUUGAUUAUGAUGUUGAUGAUCCCGAUAAUGCUGUUCAAGAAAAUUAAUGAAUUAUACAAAGCCAGCAAUUAGCAUUGAGACUCGUCCAUUAAAUUAUGUUGAACCCAAGAUAUUGCGAUCUCCGAUUUUACUGAAAUGCAACAAAAAAAAAAAAAAAACUAAAUAGAAACAGAAACAAAAUGCAACACACGCGUGCAUAAUAUGAAUUAAUGAAGUUAUUGAAGAAUACAAGAUAAACGAAUAAUAAAUACAAAAAGAGCAUAACAAAUAUUUUUGCAUAAACUGGCUGUUAGGUUUGAGAAAUAUACGAAAAGAGAAAACAUAUAUAUAUAUAGUAUACAAUAUAAACAGAAUUAUAUAUUAGUUAAUUAGGCAUAGAAAUAAUUAAGGUCAGUCUUUGUAAAUCGUUGGAUCUACUGUUUAUGCUUGCAGCAGCGAUACAAACGUUUAUGUAACUGAUGUUUAGCUCAAAUAACUAAAACGCAUUGGGCUGAGUGCGGCUUUAAUGUUAUUUUGAUAUUUGAGGCACGUUUUUUUACAUUGACAUGUGUUUAGGAUAUACAAAAUGGGCAAAACUCUCAGAUCGUACACAGCAUAGUCUUUAGCGUAGAUGUUGGUUAAAGCUUGAUUGACUUUGUGAACACAUAUAUUUUGAUUUUUCAACAUUACGAAUUGCUUUUGUCAUACUGCACAUUUUGUAGUUUAAUUUACAUGCCUGAUGUUUUAGUGUUAAAGCUGUAAAAAAUUAAAGAAAGAUAAAUUAAAAGAUUAGGCCUUAAGUAACACAUAAAAUAAAUUGAAAUGAAUACUAUGUAUAUGAAAAGACAUGAAA